AUGAAUGGAGCCAUGGAGGCAACCACCCAAGACAAAGGUGUGGUAUUGACAUUUUGGGCACAGGACGACCUCUUAAAACUGCUGGAGGCCAUGAAACUGGCCCUGCCUCAGAAGGACCUGACCAAAUACAAAACAUCAGAGUCCCACCUUGACUGGACGAAGGUGGCCUUCAAUUCCUUCACAGCAGAGAUGUGUAAGCAGAAGUGGUCGGAGGUCUCUAAAGAGAUUCGUAAAUUCCGGACUCUGACAGAACUGAUAUUUGAUGCCCAGGACUAUAUCAAGAACCCAUACAAGGGCAAAAAACUAAAGAAACACCCAGAUUUCCCCAAGAAGCCCUUGACUCCAUACUUCCGCUUCUUCAUGGAAAAGAGGGCCAAAUACGCAAAAUUGCACCCCGAGAUGAGCAACCUAGACCUUACUAAAAUUCUCUCCAAGAAGUACAGAGAGCUUCCGGAAAAAAAGAAGAAAAAGUAUGUCGAAGACUUUUUAAGAGACAAAGAAACAUUUGCGCACAGCAUGGCGAAGUUCAGAGAACUACACCCGGACCUAAUGGAAAGCAUGACGAAGAAAGGUUCAAAUGCACCAGAAAAGCCCAGGACACCCCAACAGCUGUGGUACAACCACGAAAAGAAGGCGGUCCUCAAGACACGCCCGGAUGCAACAACCAAAGACAUUAAGGAGAGUCUUGGCAAACAGUGGACGCAGCUGUCUGACAAGAAGAGACUCAAAUGGAUUGCCAAAUCCCUAGAGCAGCAGAAACUUUACGAGGAGACAAUGCGGGGGUACAUCCAGCAGCACCCGGAGUUAAACAUGACCCAAGGGGAUAUCUCCAAGUCCACCCUGACCAAGGCAGAGAGGCACCUGAAAGACAAAUCUGAAGGCCGACCUGACAAACCUCCUCCAAAUGGUUACUCGAUGUUCUGUGCGGAGUUGAUGUCAAGCAUGAAGGACGUUCCCAGCACGGAGCGCAUGGUGAUGUGUAGCCAGCGGUGGAAGCUGUUGAAACAGAUUGAGAAGGAUGCUUACCAGAAACGCUGUGAACAGAGGAAGAAGAACUUUGAAAUCGAUAUGCACGUAUUUCUCAGUAGUUUGUCAGAGGAGGAACAAAACCGAGUUUUGUCUGAGGAUAAAUUAGGCUUUAAGAGAGGCGGAGCCAACAGUCCUGCGGCAAAAAAGAAUGCCUCCAGAGCAAAGGCCAAUCCAGAGAAACCCAAAAGGCCAAUUUCAGCCAUGUUCAUCUUCUCUGAGGAGAAGCGUCUCAAAAUGCAACAGGAGCGUCCGGACGUUUCUGACAGUGAGAUCACAAGACUCCUGGCUCGCAUGUGGAACGAGCUGCCCGAUAAGAAGAAGGAAAAAUAUAAGCGCUUAGAAACGGUCCUGAAGGCAGAGUCGGAGAAGAAGGAGAAAGAGGAUCGUACUCGACUGCCCGACCCCCCCAAGACUGCUCAGGACAUCUGGCAGCAGAGCGUCAUCGGAGACUACCUGGCCAGAUUCAAGAGUGACCGGCCAAAGGCACAGAAAGCCAUGGAAGCAACCUGGAGCAUUAUGGAGAAAAAAGAGAAAAUCAUGUGGAUCAAAAAGGCUGCAGAGGACCAGAAAAGAUACGAGAGAGACCUGUGUGAGAUGCGCUCACCUGCUGCUACCAUCGGCGCAGGGAAGAAGAUGAAAUUUGAGGGUGAACCCAAGAAACCACCAUCAAACGGGUAUCAGAAGUUCUCUCAGGAGAUGCUGUCCAACGGAGAACUGAAUCACCUCCCAAUGAAAGAGCGGAUGACAGAGAUCGGCGCCAGCUGGCAGAGGUGUACACCGAAGGACAAAGACUGCUACAAGAAGAUCGCAGAGGAGAAGCAGAGGCAGUACAAAGUCCUUCUGGAACAGUGGCUCGGUAGCUUGUCUUCAAAAGAGAGAAACACCUACAAAGAAUAUAAUUCACAAAAAAGAAGAACUACAGCAAAACCAGGAGGCCCCGUGGCAAAGGCCAAGAAAUCUGACACGGAGGAAGAGGAGGACGAUGAAGAAGAUGUGCGGGAAAAGGCUUCCACCUCAUCAUCCUCAUCCAGCGAGGAUGACGACGAGGAUGAUGAGAAGGAGGCGGAUGAUGACGAUGAGGAUGAAGAAGAUGACGACGACGACAAGGCAGAAGAUAAGGAGAACAAGUCAGAGGACAGCAGCAGUGAUUCGAAUUCGCAGGCGUCGUCGGACUCUGAUUCGGACUGAAACUUGCCGACGUCUUCGUGAGACAAACUGAGCAGCGCUGAGCUGAGCCAAGAGUCAAAGGAGCUCUGCCACUGUGCCAACCCUGCUCUCCUCCGCCCACCAGAGGGAGCCCCGCACUGCCUCAUCCACCUCACUCACCCACUCAAUGUCGCUGAUGGUGAUCUUACUCAUUGAGGGACUCCGCCCCUAUGUCCAAAAUCAGUUUCAUCCCCUCCCCCGCUGUGAUUGGCAUCUCACAGUACGGGCCGCUGACGUUAUGCCAAAAACUAGUUCGGUGACGUCGUUGGUUUCAAUCUUGACUUACAGGUUCAGGGUUAGGAUAGAGUUUUAAUGUUGAGGGUAAUUCUUAACCUUCCCGUGUUUUAUUUUAUUAUUCUGGUAAUUAGUUAAAGACAGGCGGCAUGAGUUGUUAACAGGCUUCACAGAGCCGAAGAACAUGGAUCACUUUAGGGAGUGACGUGGGGAGGGGGGAGGGGGGGGGGGGGGGUGUGUGUGCUGGGUAAUCGAAAUAUUGCACUCUUCAGAAUGUUUCCCUAUUUUUGUCCUAUUUUUUUCUCAGAGCCUUGUCGCUUUGUUCUCUUUUCUCAAUUUAUGAUGUAGAUUUUAUCAUUUGGUUCUUAAAGAGGUGGUAUUUUUUCAGGAAAAAAAUCAAGCCAUUAUGAAUGUCUUUUUGUUGCUGGAAAUGUUUGGGAAUUUGUUACUAACCCAUGUUCUCAUUUAAUAGAUAGCAGUGCCUGUAUAAAGUAUUCACACCCUUUUGGACUUUUCAUGUUUUAUUAAUUUAUGGCGUUGCGCAAUGUGGAUGCUUUGAUACUCUGACAGAAAAAAAAGGUCUUUAUACUGCUUCAUUACCAUGAAAUGUACUUAUUUGUUCACUAAUAGUGAGGAACCCUGUACACUUAUCUGCGAUGUCCUACAUGUUUCAAAGUGCCGCAGACAUGUCAUAUUUGAAGUAUAACUGACAUCGAUUGCAUCUAGUAAGACAGCAGCAAUCUUAGCAAAAUUGCCUGUAAGGAAAACAUAAAUGUAUCUAAAUAUACAGCAAGUUUGAAACGCCCACAACAUCAUUAAUCUCCAUAAAUGUGUUUUUUUUUUUUUUUAUCAAUCCCCGUGAAUGUAUUUUCUGUACAUGUUCCUUUGUCUUCACAAGUAUUUUUAAUUACAGACUGAGCUUCUAGGUAUAGGUUUCUUACUGGUCCCAAUAUUAAUCACACUAUGUGAUCUCACUUCAACUUUUAACAAUCCGUCUACAGCAGUCAAUACCUUUUGUAUUCAUUUGUUUUUUUGAUAUAACUAAAUUAAAACAUUUGUUUCUGUUGAGUGUCAAAACAGCCCGUUUCCAUUACGCUUAAAACAGAAAGAGAUUUAAAGAAGGUGAAUACUUUUUAAAGGCGCUGCAGGAUCCAUUGCCAUGUGUCUGUCAUUUAUCGAAGUUAACUGACAUGUCUCGUACAUUUAUCCAUGAUUUUCAAGCAAUUCUGUUUGUCUUAGUUCCUUCUGGCCUGACUGUAAUGAACAGUGUUUAUUGUGUGACCGAGCAGUUUGUCAUUGAAGGGAUAACACUGGUUUUCCACAUGUACAACUCAAUCUGACUGUUUUUAAAGAAAACAGAUGGUAUAUGUUUGUUCUACAAACUGUUGUUUUAGGUUUACGGUUUAUUUGAGUUAAAAAGGUUUGUUCUAUUGUGUUCUGAUCCAUCUGGAAUCAUUUUGUUGAGCUGAAUGGUUUUCAUGAAUUGUAUUUUCUUUUGAAUUUUUAAUGCUAUGGACUGUAAUCCGAAUGGGUUGCAGUCUAAUGCUUAAUCCCAAAAAAAGUGUGCACUUAAUGUAAAUCUGUCCCUCCUGUGUGAGUUUGUGUGCAUGCCUGCACAAAGCUGUGUAUAUAUGAGGGUGUGAGAGUGUGUUUCUUUCCUUUAAUGUGUGCUGUUUUUACUGUUUUGUUGCAUACCAUGAUGUGACUGCAGCGUGCAUGUUUGUGCCUGUGUGGGGACGUCAUACCAACACCAUGAAUGUAGAUAUUGUUAAAUCUUUUAAUUUUUCUUUCCAAAGGUCUUUAGUCAUUUUUCUGCUUGGCGCUGUUGUGUCAUUGACAAGAUUUCCAUGACUCAUUUAUAGGUCCAUAGACAGAUGAGUACAUCGCAACUAUUAAUCUGUUAUUAAUGGACUGAUUUUGGCCAUUUUCAAUCUCAUCCCUUUCUGAAACAAACCAUUGUGGACUAUUUAAAUAAUUAGGGGAGGUAGAAGACACGUGAUUGCUGAUAUUGAUAGAUGGGAGUUUAUAAAAGGGAUUUGGGGAGUUGCCAGAUGAUUGGGGUUAAAAACUUGUAAUUUUUCCUGUAAAUACUGUUUUUGUAUUCAGUGCUUAUUGUUUUGUUAGUGCUUUCAUUUGGCAAACCCUCAUCUGUGACUUCUGAGGCCAGUGAGUUUUUCACUCACAGGGGAGAGCUUUUGGUUAAAUUCACCUGUUUUAGUUGUUUAUUCUCUCCCUUAUGUUGGUUUAUAGAGAUAUCUAAGACAGCAAAGCUUUACAAGUUUGUACUGCUGAUCAUUUGACAAAAUGUGAUGUUUUCUAUAGCUGAGGGUGUUCUUAUGUCCUUGUAGUUCAAGUAUUUGGGCAAAUAAAAAAUGAUCUUUAACAGUU